UAGAAGCAAACAAAGGAGGAUGCCGAUCUGCGCGCGGGAGCCACCUCCCCUUAAAAUGCCGCUCUUCUGUUUAAUGAUGCUGAAAUAACAUACAACCAUGUAACACAUGUCUAUUAUUACACGGAUAAAUGAAGUGGCGUAGGAUCUGAUGGAGCAAGCGGGAGGAGAGAGAGAGUAUGUACUGGGUCGCUGGAUUCGCCUCCUCCCGGUCGCUCGUGAUUGAUCUCGGCCGGAAUCAGAGCCCGUCCUUCGGGUUGUGCGGCUCUGAUGAACGUCACUCAUUUUAUGGGUACAUAGUAGCCGUUCCGCUGCAGGAUUUUGGUGGUAUCAUGUCGGGAUUGGUGUCGGAUUCCUGGUGGAGGAAGACUCUUUACAUCACCGGAGGUGCGCUGCUGGCCGCGGCGGCUUAUUUGCUGCACGAGCUACUCUCCAUCAGGAAAGAGCUAGAGUUGGACUCUAAGGACGCCAUCAUCCUCCAUCAGUUCUCGAGGCCAAAGAACGGGGUGCCAAGCCUGUCACCUUUCUGCCUGAAAAUGGAAACCUAUCUGCGCAUGGUUGAUCUGCCCUAUCAAAACUACUUUGAUGGAAGCCUCUCUGCUCAGGGCAAGAUGCCUUGGAUUGAGUAUAACUAUGAACAGGUGUGCGGAACUGAAUUUAUUUUUGGCUUCCUGGAGGAAAAACUGGGUGUGAGUUUGAACAAGAGUCUGAGCGCUCAGGAGCAGGCAGUAGCGCGGGUUAUCACCACAAUGGUGGAGGAACAUUUGUACUGGACCAUCGCAUAUUGUCAGUGGGUGGAUAAUGUGCAUGAGACGCAGAGUAUGCUGGACCUUCCUGGACCCCUCAGUGACCUGCUCAAAUGGAUUAUGUGCCAUCUGACAGGUGGAAUUGUAAAGAGGGAGAUGUAUUGUCACGGGAUUGGCUGCUUUACUAAAGAGGAGGUCUACACGCUCAUGGAGAAGGACAUGCGCACACUGGCCACACUGCUAGGGGACAAGAAGUACAUCAUGGGUUCCGAGCUGUCCAGUGUGGAUGCUACAGUGUUUGGUCACCUUGCACAAGCCAUGUGGACGCUGCCUGGCACACGGCCCGAGCAGCUUAUUAAAGGAGAACUGAUUAAUUUGGCCAUGUACUGUGAGCGCAUACGGAGGAAGUUCUGGCCCGAGUGGUUUGUGGACUUAGAAGACUUCUGUUAUGACAGCGACAAUGACACCACCAGUGGGACGCCCACCUGCCUGCUGGACCUUGCACUCUUUUCCAGGACAGACACUUUAGAGGAAAGUGAAUUAAGCUCCCCGUCACACGCUGACACACACUCGCAAGACACACAGCAUUCCGGACACUCGCUCUCUGACUCUGACAUUGAAGUAGAUGUUGAAAUGCUGAAUUCAGAUGUUGAGCAGCAGGUCAAGGGUUAAAUCAUGUCACCUCUGCCCUUUGUCAGAUGCUACUGGUUAUAUUACAGCGAGUUCAGCUGUUGUCACGGGUCACAUUUUCCUGUCUGGAUGAACCCCACUUCGAUGGACCUGAAGAAGAGAGUGUGUGUAUAUGCGUGAGACAUAAGGAGUUUUAACAUGAUAUCAAUCAUGGAUGGAUGCAGGUGAGACGUAAAAACUGUUAUUUUACAUCUUGGAAUAGUUGCGGUAUAUGAGUUGCUGCACAGUUUCAGUCUAGGUAGUUGGCUUUCAUUUUUAAAGAAUUUUUUUUUUCUUUAACAUUUGGGAUGGGAACCAUCUAGGCAGAGUCACCCGAGGUUUCAAUUGUUGUAAAACUUUCAGUGUCUUACUGCUGUAAUGCCUGAACUGAUACUGCAGCGACAUCAUUGUUAACAUUACUGUACAAACAGCAGCUCAAACUUUUAAUGUUGUUCCAAUGUCAGUCAUUGCUUAUUUCUUUACAAAACUGAUCAUACAAAUAUUUGAUCUCAACAGAAUCAUGGAGCAAAAUAUUGUAACUUGCAGGAUGUUUGUGAGGCUGACAGUUAGACUUCAGAGGAUUGACUGAUUUCCUUUGUGCCAACAUGAACUUAAAAGUUUUCAUUGAUUUUUAACACUGAUAUUUCCUGCUUACAGAUCAGUUAAAGAAUAUGAGAUUCGUAUGGAAAAAAAGAUUUAUGAAGCGUUUAAUUCUGUUUUGGUCUCGCAUCUUAAAGCAGUUCACUCAUAAUAAAAACCGAUGUCAUAAAUUACUCAUACAAAGUUAAAUGACUCAUGUAAAACGCAAAAGAAGAAACUUUCAAUAAUGUAUUUGUCACUUUUUAACGUGAAUUUCCAUGAAAGGAACUUUUUAAAGCCUUUUGGAGCUCACAAAUAUUCCAGUCCGUUCUCAUUGUAAUUGCAUAGAAAACAGCAAUGAACAUGAUUUAAAUCUCCUUUUGUGUUCCAUCAAAAAAAGAACGUUGGUAGCACUUUACACUAAGCUAAAUAUUACUUCUACAGCAUUUAUUCAUUUUACUUCAUGUUAAUUUAAGUAUUUACUAAAUCAAAAGUUAGUAAGUGCGCAGUGAACUAACAUGAACAAUUGUAUUGGCAUUCACUAACAUGAACAAAAAUUAAUAAAUGGUGAAAAAACAUAUCGCUCAUUGUUAGUUCAUGUUAGCUAAUGCAUUUUCUAAUUUGAACAAAUAGAACCUUAUUGUAGUGUUACCAGAAUUUGGACUGGAAUAAGCGAGAAUGAUGACAGAAUUGUCCAUUUUGGGUGAACAGAAAUUACAAAACGAGUCCAAUCAUAAAUAUUUAGGCUGAUCAUGCAAUAAAAUAGAAUCCCUUUAUAUAAUUAUCAUUUAUUUGGGCUCCAGUCUAUAUCAUCAGUUUCAGCUGACCUUUGAUCGGACUGAAUGGUGCUUAAUGCCUGUGUGCCUGACUGCAGCCGUUCGUAUAAGCCCAAGAGACCUUUCUCUCUAUCCCCUGUCUCUCUUCCUGCUAGCGAUAUUGGUUCUACAUUCUAGGCCUGUGUUCUUUAUAUGCUACCACUAGAGGGCACUGUGACCAUUCACACUAUACGUGGGUCCCAUGCAGACGCUUUUAUCGCCCUCACAUUCAUCCCUGCGAGCGUCUGCCUUAAAAGACCAUUUUAAAAUAUCAAUAACAACAAUAGUGAACACUGAACAGUCAUCAGCUUUGUUGAUGUAGGAGUCAGACUGAUUAUGCAUUAGGGUUGUGAAAAUGUUUUUCUUCCUCCAUGUGUGUGAUUGGGGCACCAAAGUGUAGCGCGUGUAUACUUAUGCAGAUUUGCCUUAGUUGAGGGAAAUGUUAAUGUGAUCAGCAGUCGCAUGAUGAGUUUACCCUCUUUCUGUUGAAUUUACUUGAAACCCAAGCCGAUACUCAAAAUGACUUGAUUUAUAUCCCUAGGGUACUUCUAACUUUCAUGCAGAGUUAUGUUGUUUACUUUUAUUAUCGUUGUUUUGCACUUUUUUCAAUUGUUGAAAGAUCUUGGACAAUGUUAAGAUAUAGAUGGGAAAUUUACGGAAAAUAAUAGCAGUGAAACAGGGUCCAUUCAAUCAGAUAUGUUAAACGUGUGUGUAUGAUAUGGUUACCUGUUAACAUCAUUUGCCUGCAUGUGUGGUUGUGUGUGCGUCUACCAAUGUGCUCUGGUGUAAACCGCACCAAAAUCCUCGAUCAAAUUUUUAUUCUCUGUAUAGAAUUCCUCUCUAUAUCUGUAUCCCUCGAGUCUGGUUGAAGGUGGAGAUAAACAACCUCAUUCUCACAUGUAAAUAUGAAAUAACUUGCAGCUUACUAUUGGAUACAAAGUAUCACGGUAUGAAAAAUAUCUAGGUCCUUCAGUGACCCGAAAGUCAUGCCUGAGAAUUGAAGAAAUACUUCAAAUUUGCCUUUUUGACUCCUGAUAACAGUUUCACGUUUGAAACCACGCGUCAAUAUUCAACUAUCUGAUCUGUUUACUUACAAUAUAUUCGUAUAUACAUUGUAGAUGUUUAUUUAUUUUAAGAACAUAGCUGGAUUAUGUUCUUAUUAAAGAGAUGUCAAAGUUAGUUUUGGUAGAGGUCUGUUACUAGCUUGAAGCCAUAUUUUACGAAGUUGAUUUCUUGUCUGUGGAGGCAAAAUGAUGGUUAUAAAUAUAUGUCUAAUUCUACCAAAUCUGAAUCGGCUACAGAAUACUGUGCAUAACUGAGACCCUCAUGAGUGUUUAUUAGUUAUCCUGAAUUGGCUGGUUGUUUAACAAUUAAAAACAUUAAUUAAAAUAGCUGUGACAAUUUCAAUGUAUGUGCGUGUAAGUUUAUUUUUUUUCAAUGAAUGCAAGAACACAGCUCACAGUAUUCGAAGCACACUUCUGUGAUCUUUAGUUUUUAACCCAGCUGUUAUUGUCGUUUGAUGGUUUUAAUUUAUUCAGCAAGUCCAUAGAGCAAGACGCGCACGUUAAAGGGAUACUCCAACCAAAAAUGAAAAAUUUGUCUUCAUUUACUCACCCUCACGUUGUGCCAAACCUGUAUAAAUUUCUGAUGAACACAAAGGAAGAUAUUUAGAAGAAUGUUAGCUACUGACAUUUCUGGGACAUCUGUGACUACCAUAGUAGGAAUAAAUUGUUAUAUAUAUAUAUUUUAUAUUGUUUUUAAUUUUGUUCUGUUAAGCACAAAAUUAGAUAUUUUGUUGAAGAAUUUAGGAAAGUUAAAAGUUGUAGGGCACCUUUGACUGCCAUUUA